UGUCAUGUCCGUGUGUGUGUCUGUGUGUGUGUUUGCAGAGAGGGGAUGUCCUUGGAUAGAAAGCAGGGAAUAUAUGUAACUGUCCCAGGCUGAGUGAGCAGAAUAAGAGAGGCAUGAGAGUCAGAUGAGAGAUGAUUGAUAACUCACACCAGGAGGAGCUGGAUGUUGAUACACUUUAGAGCAAAUUUAACAGCAGGAGAUGAUUACUUUUCUGAGCAUAAUGAUGGUCAAAGAAACAACUUAAACUCUCUAGUUUUCUUGUUUCUUAAACUAAUUGUUUAUAACUAAUCUUUACAUUGCCUUUACAUACUGUAUUGCCCAGUAAUGAAGACUAAUAAGAAGACAAAGUCCCAGACUGUGGGCCAGCAGAAAGGAAUAUCCUGCAACCCUUUAUCCACAGCAAUAAACAACUUUGGACUUCCCCUUGGCAUAAAUUUCAGAUUGGCACCUUUACAUCAGUUCCACAGUGCUUUACCCAGUUGUCAGCUGUUUAGAUCAAGUCAAGCAGCAUUAUUGGGACUAGCUCAUCUUGAAGCUCAAUUGAUCCUAAACCAGCUGGGAAACCACAACACCUAUUUAAACCCUUUUCUUCCCAGCUUCUUACAAGCAUUUCAGAAUUUACAGAAUGCAGCAAAUCUGUCCCUGUAUCAGCCUCCAAGACCUGCAGUAUUCCCAGUGCUAAAGAAUUCAAAUGCUCACGUUAACCCUGCAUCUGAGGACGUCUUCUCUUUAGACUUGAAAGAUGGAAUGGAGACCACCAAAGCCAAACAUCAGAGUGAUGUUUCUCAACAGCAGAAACUAGAUUCCUCUUUAAGUAAGGAUAAAAAGGUACCGCCGAGUUUAGGCUUAGACCAGAUGACACAAGCAGUGAUGAGUUAUACUGUGCAUCCUUCUGUAAAUCAGCGCAAAACUCCAAGAACAGUCCCUCUCAGUGCAUCAUCAACGUAUAAAUCAAGGAAAGACUGGAGGAAACCAUACAGAGGUUCAGCUCACUCAAAAAGAAAUCAUCACACUAGUGGACUUCGAGAUAAGCACCACAAGGAGUGGCAGGAACAUCAUUCUCCAUCCCAUUCUGUAUCUCCGACGCCUUCAUGGUCUCCCAGCCCUCCACCCUUUAGCCACCAAAUACGCUCCCAAAGCCCUCAAAGCUCUGGUAGAUACAGCCCUUCUGAUCUUGUAUAUGGAUCCUCUUCUUCUGAACAUGGACCUUCAGAAAAGAAGGGAGAACAUCCAGGUCAUGAGAAUUUGACGAAUAAGCAUGUGGACGUCAUUAAGCGAAAAGUUGGUCCAAAUCCAAAUGGAAAAGGGCAAUUUAAGAAAAAGAAGGCCACCUCAAGUGUCUCUGUUGCCUGCUUUUCAGACCACAAAUAUCCCUCCUCUAAAACGAUGGACAAGGACAAAUACAAAGCUUCAACUUUCAUGUCCUCUUCCUCAUCAGUAUCUAAUUCUAAGACACAUACAUCCAUGGACGCAUCCUCUCGAAAUGUUCAGCAAAUAGAUACAGAUAUAAUCAAAAAAGAAAAAGAUCUUGGGGACACAGUUGUGUCUCCAAAGUGUCACUUGGGUCUCCCUGCUGAAGCAAAGUACCAGGAUGUCUGUCAUUCUUUGGCACCCUUUGGUGCAGUAAAGGAGCAAAAAAUUUUCCCUGGUCUGGAAAAGCUGUCAACAGUGUCGAAUCUAGUUGUCCACACAUAUGAUUGGCAAGGAAAAGUUCAGAUCAAGCAACCAGUGGGUUCCAUGGACAGUGGUGAGGCAUGUUUGAUUACACCACCCACUGUUGAAGGAAAGAAAGGGGUUAUUUGUAUAUCUGGAAUUCCUUUUAAUCACUCUGAGGGUGACCUUAUCAAACUGGUCAAACCUUUUGGUAAGCCUAUCAAGAUUCUCAUAGCAAAUGAGAUUGAUCUAGUUAAUGGCCUGGACUGGAGGAAGGCAUUGGUGGUGCUUUCAAGUGAACUAUCAGCAAUGGAAAUAGUAAAAGUUUACUCUGUUGUUCCUGUGCAUUUAAGGGAAUAUGAUGUGACACUAGCACCCCAAGCUGUGGACUUCAGUUCAACUGUGUCAUUAUUUCAAGCCCUUAUUACACCGACAUACUAUAAUGGUUCAUUAAUACCUUGUGAGCACUUGCUGGUGGUCAGAAACAUCCCAGACCAUCCACACAUAUCUACAGAUGUGCUGCAGCAAGUGCAGUUAUUCGGUAAAGCACUGAGAGUGUUGGUGCUUCCAGAAGAAAAGACUGCAGAUCACCGAAAUGUGCUUGUUAAGGAGAACACUCACUGCGUCAUGAUGAUCUUUGAGAUGAAGUCUUCAGUGAAUGUUUUGGAGGCCUGUGAAUGGUUUCAGAAAAGUAACUAUAUUUUUAAUGAUCAUCGCCUGCAGUUUUCCAUGUGGAUGAAACCUCAAAAAGCCACAUCUGGGGUCAUAGCUAACAGCAAGAGCUGGAAAAGACAGAUGGCAGAGGAACACUGGGGACUUAAACACAAUGAUACAAGUCCCUGGAUACCUGAAUCUGUGGAGGGAGUUUUGGUCUUUAUCUCUGGUUUUCCUGAUAAUAUGGAUUCUGAAGAUGGCUUUAUCCAGAUAGCGGCUCCUCAUGGUAUCCCCACUAACAUUGUUAUUGCAGCUGCUCAGAGAAAGGCUUUGGUGGAGCUUCCUGAUAAGGACUCUGCCAAAAAGAUGGUCAUGGCUUAUAAUGCAAUCCCAGUGGGUUUAAAACAACUAGACAUGAAACUCCUGCCCAAAACAGUGGAUAUCAACAAUCCUGUAUCACUUUUUCAAGUCAUAAUGGGCCCAGAAAAUCAUGGCGAAGAUGUUCCAGAUCCAUUACUCCUGAUUACAGUUGCUAAUGUGCCAGAUACUCUUAGUGGAAUCUCACAGGUGCAGCAGUUAAUACAGGCAUAUGGAGCAGUAAACCGUACUCUAAUUCUCAGCAACAACAUGAUCAUAUUUGAAAUGAAAACAUCUGAAAUGGCAAGGUUGGCUUAUGAACAGCUGAAAAAGCUACCUUACACUGUACAAAAAUGUACGUUGUCUUUUUUCUGGGGUUCAAGUCAAAUUUCAGAAACAACAAAGGAAGGAGAUGUCCCUAUACCUGCUCAGAGACCUGAAACCAGCAUUCAACAUUUCUCCUGUUGUGUGAAAAAGGGAAUGCAAGCCUUUAGCAAAACACAAGGGAUGGACGAAUGUGAAAGAAACAUGAAAAGAUCAAAGAAAGCCUAUAAACGAGAAGGCAGGAUUUUGCAGUUACAGUCAGAGGUUGGAAAUCAGGUCAAAAAUCAAAAGAAAACCAAAGAACCUGAAAAAACAGGCAAGUAUCUUGGGCACAAUCUGGGCACCAAACAUAUUUUCUCUGGCAUAAGUAGACAACAUUUAAAAAUGAACCUUAAAACACAUGUGCAGUUAUAUAACCUGUGCCUCUGUAGUCAAUCUGUAACAAAGUGUACUUCAUCAGUAGGUACACUGUAGUUACAGGGACUGUUACGUGUAAAUACAAAGUUCCUAAGGACACAUUAUAAAGUGGGACCAUUAUUUUAAAUAGAAGAUUCUAGAAAACAUACAGGAUCUAAAAUAUUUUUGUUUUCGUUGUUUUAGGAUUAAAACACAGAAGAGAGUGUCUUUUGCAAAAAGCAAAAACCUUUCUAAAGAAGAGAAAUAUCACCACGCCAGUCUUCCCUGAUGGAUAUAAUCUUGUGCCAUUCAACCCAGAAUUACCCAUAGGUAAAAUAUAACAGCAUUUAUACAGUAUAUUGCAACUGUUUAUCAUGCUCUGAUAUCUUAUGAUGUUGUGUAAUUCUAGGGCCAAUUGUAAAAUCAACAUACAGUGGCAUACAAAAGUUUGACCUCCCUGCUUCAAGUGUUUGUUACUGUGAAUAUCUAUAAAAUCACAGAUCUGAUCUAUAAAAAGGCAUCAACCUAAAGCAUUUCACAGAAGAUUAGAGUAUUUUUUUUGCGUACAAUUUUUGAGCACAUGCAAAAGUUUGGGUACCCCAAAAGGUGUGAGCUUGCAAAUAUAUUUUUUUUCAAAUAUACCAAAACUUAAAUAAAAGCUUAAUAGGUAUGCUGCGGCUUGCUUAAAAUCAGAAGAGAAGCUGUUUAGAGCAUAAAAGAUGAAAAUAAAUAUAGAGAUUUUAUUUUUCUCAUUUUAAUAGCAGUUUUAUUUUCACAAAAAUAAAGUAAUUCACAAGAUGGCUGAAUAAGUUUUACUGUUUUUGUUUUGUUCUUUUAUGUAUCACUGUACAUUGCCUGUAUUUUUCAAAUGUACUGCAAUGUUAAUAUAUAUAUUUAACAUACAUGUAUAUUUACUUCUUACAGCAGUAUAUGUAAGAGAUCACUUUUAGUUUUGUAAAAAUGAAUAAUGUUUGUGGGGAUCAAAUUACAGUGUCCUCUUCCAGAGACCAUAACGCAAAGUGGUCCUCUAAACUAAAAAUAUAAAAAAAAAUGUUAUUAUAUUAUAUUUAAAAUUAUUAUAAUA